GAACCGUCUCCUUGUUCUUGAGGUUUUCUUCUCUUCUCGGAGUUGUCCCGUAUCAGGACCUCGGUGUGUUCGAUAUAAGUGUGGAGUGCGUAAUUUAGUUCACUUUCACUCUUCAAUUCCAGCUAGGGUUUUUUGAUUGCUGAACGCUCUAAUCAAGAAUGUUAGGUGGCUUGUACGGAGACCUUCCUCCGCCCUCAUCGGUGGCUGAGGAGGAGAAAUCGAGCAGCGCCUCCACCACGGUAUGGUCUAGCAGCGUCAAAAUGGCUCCGCCGAAUCUCAGGAAACCUUCUUCUGUGAUAGCUCCUCCGCAGACGGUGCUUAAAUCUCAGAAACCUAAGAACGUCAAUUUCGCUCCGAAAAUUGUAACUCCACCCGUGGUGGCACCAUUGAUGUCGCGUGCUGACGUGGUGCAUCCGGCUCUCGUGGGUGUCUCAUCGACUGUGGUUGAGGAGUAUGACCCUUCGCGGCCAAAUGACUAUGAAGAGUAUAAGAGAGAGAAGAAAAGCAAGGCUAUAGAGGCUGAGAUGAGGAGGGAGCUGGACAGAAGGAGACAGGAAGAGGAGGAGAGGGAGAGGGAGAGGGAGAGGAAGGAGAGGGAGGAAAGAGAGAGGGAGAGGGAUAGGGAUAGGGAUAGGGAUUACAGUGAAUCACGGUUAAACAUUUCGGGGGAGGAGGCGUGGAGGAGACGUGCUGCAAUGGGUGGUGGAGUGCCAAGGUCACCGUCGCCGCCAGGUAAUGCUGAUGGGUUUGCGAUUGGUAAAUCAGAUACAGUUGGGUUGGGAGUCGGUGCGGGUGGGCAAAUGACUGCGGCCCAGAGGAUGAUGGCCAAGAUGGGAUGGAAGGAAGGUCAAGGCCUUGGAAAGAAGGAGCAGGGGAUUACAACACCUUUGAUGGCAAAGAAAACUGAUCGUAGAGCUGGGGUGAUUGUGAAUGCAAGUGAAACUAAGCCCGACAAGAAGGUGAAGAGCGUGAAUUUCAAUGGAACUCCCACUCGGGUUUUGAUGCUCAGAAACAUGGUGGGCCCUGGUGAGGUAGAUGAUGAGCUGGAGGAGGAGGUUGGAUCUGAGUGCGGCAAGUAUGGGACUGUGACUCGAGUGCUCAUAUUUGAGAUAACAGAGCCGAAUUUUCCAUCUCACGAGGCAGUUCGAAUCUUUGUGCAGUUCGAGCGAUCGGAAGAAACAACAAAAGCAUUAGUUGACCUUGAUGGUAGGUACUUUGGUGGGAGGGUGGUACGUGCCUCAUUUUACGAUGAAGAGAGGUUCGGUAAGAACGAGUUGGCUCCAAUGCCAGGUGAAAUCCCAGGUUACUGACUUCACCUGAAGCUUCAAAUGUACUUUUGAGAAAGUAGACAAGGACCUGCUUUAAACUGAGAGAAUUAAGUGCUUGUGAUCCAACUUUUACAGUUUUCCUCUCUGUUGCUCAAUAGUGGUAGGCUGGUAGCCUAAUACUUUUGUUAGAAAGAGCCUAUCAUUUGGUUUGUAGUUUGUUCAAUUUAACCUGGCACUUUUCUUUGAGUUCUGUGGAAUGGCCAAAGAUACCUAUGUUUAUAUGUUU